AUGGCAGCAAAAGAUAUUUUAAACUUUAAAUUUCAACAAAUUUCGCUCCAAGAGCAGCAAAAUCGGCAAAGAUCCAGCAGCACUGCUGCUUCUUCCGUCGGCGGCGAAAGACUCGCCAGCCAAGACAGCCUCUUCUCUUCUUCUUCUGAGCAGCUUCAGCAGCAACACGGGGACUCGGAGGCGCUGGCAGCAGCAGCAGCAGCAGCAGCAGCGCAGCAGCAGCACGCAGAGCCCCCUCGAACCCCAGCAGCAAAUGGGAAAUGGAGGCGAAAGCUGCUGCUGCUGCAGCCCGCAGCAGCAGCCCUGCUGCGGGCCCCCGCUGCUCCCAGGCCUCAGCAGCAGCGCCGCUGUCUGCAGCCCUUGCAGCUUCCAAGAGCAGCAGGCAGCGCCUGUCUGCUGCCCGCGGAGCAGCAGCAGCAGCAGCAGCAGCAGCAGCAGCAGCAGCGCGCUGCCGCAGCAGCAGCCGCUGAGCUGCAUUGUCACUGA